GCCGCGCGGUGCGGGAGCGGCGGAGGCACCCGACGUGCGUGAACGGCCAACGUCGGGGCGUCAUGUCUGCUCAGGAGCAAAAUCCGACGGUGUCCUCGCGGAUCGCUGCCGAAGCUGCGGAGUGGGACGCGGGGAAUGGGUACGAAGCGGUCGCUCCGCAUUGGUUUUACUGCAAGGUGACCGGCGGGAGGGAACGGUGGCUGCCGUUCAGCGUUCAGGACUCGGAGCGGCUGGAAGAGGCUCACGGUGCAGCACACAGCUCAACUUCUUGGCCCUCACACGAUUCAUUGUGGUCUUCAGGGAAGGAUAAAGGAGAUGUGGUGGUGCCGACGUCGGGCGGGAGGUACGAUGUGCACCUGAAGCAGAGGCAGCGCCUGGCAGUGUUCUGGGAGGAGGAGGUGUCCGAGGUGCGCCGCUGCACCUGGUUCUACAAAGGGGACAAGGACAACAAAUACGUCCCCUACUCGGAGAGCUUCAGCCAGGAACUGGAGGAAGCGUACAUGAUUGCUGUAACCUUGGACGAGUGGAAGAAGAAGUUGGAAUCCCCAAGCAGAGAAGUCAUCAUUUUGCACAACCCCAAGCUGAUGGUUCACUACCACCCUGUUGCCACCUCCGACGACUGGGGCUCAACUCCUACAGAACAAGGGCGACCAAGGACUGUGAAGAGAGGAGUGGAGAACAUCGCCGCUGAGAUCCCCAACGGAGAACCUCUGCAGAUCGACCACCUGGUUUUUGUGGUGCAUGGGAUCGGCCCGGCCUGUGACAUCCGCUUCAGGAGUAUUGUGCAGUGCGUCAACGACUUCAGGAGCGUUUCCCUAAGCAUGCUGCAAGCACACUUCAGGAAGGCACAGGAGCAGCAGCAGAUCGGCCGGGUGGAAUUCCUGCCUGUCAAUUGGCACAGCUCCCUGCACUCCACCGGUGUGGACGUGGAUCUGGAGCGAAUCACUUUGCCGAGCAUCAGCCGCCUGCGUCACUUCAUCAACGACACCAUCCUGGAUGCUUUCUUCUACAACAGCUCCACUUAUUGCCAGACCAUCCUGGACACGGUGGCCUCGGAAAUGAACCGCCUCUACCUCCUCUUCCUGCAGAGGAACCCAGACUUUAAAGGGGGGGUUUCCAUUGCAGGUCACAGCUUGGGGUCCCUCAUUUUGUUUGAUCUCCUGACGAACCAGAAGGCUGCUCCUGAGGAUGAGCACAGCAGGGAGGGAUCCAAGGUAACUUCAAGCAGCAGGGAUGCUGAGGAAGUAAAAGAAAUCCUGCAGAAGUUGGAUCUGUCUGAGUACUGCCCUGCUUUUGAGAAGGAGAAAAUAGAUGGGGAAGCGCUGCUCUUGUGCGGAGAGAAAAACCUUGAAGAAAUGGGAAUUCCCUUAGGACCACGAAUGAAGCUCCUCCAUUACAUCAGCUCCAGGAGGGAGACGCAGCCUGCAGGACCUGCCCUCACCAGGGCUCCUCUGUGUUGUGCAGGGCACCAAAGAACACAGCACUGCCAGGCAGCACAGCACCACUGCCAGCAGGGAUGGCCCAUACCCAGACAUCAGCCUGGGGCAGGUCUCUGCCAACUACCCUCAGCUGCUCUACAAGCCCGCCAUCUUCUUUGCCUUUGGGUCUCCCAUUGGGAUGUUCCUCACGGUGCGAGGGGUGAAGCGAAUCAACCCGGAUUACAGCCUGCCCACCUGCAAGGGCUUCUUCAACAUCUUCCACCCCGUAGGUAUAAGAGCUGCAGCCCUCCGGUGCGAGGCACAGCGCUCAGCCCACGCUCACUGCUCUCCCCACAGUUCGACCCGGUGGCAUACAGGAUUGAGCCCAUGAUUGUCCCAGAUCUGGAAUUUGAGCCCAUGCUGCUCCCACACCACAAAGGCAGGAAGAGGAUGCACCUCGAGCUGAAAGAAGGGCUGACACGUAUGAGCGUGGAUCUGAAGAACAACCUGCUGGGGUCCCUGCGGGUGGCCUGGCAGUCCUUCACCCGCGCCCCGCUGGCAGCUGUGGAAGGAACAAGCAGUGAGGGGGAGGCAGAGACAGAGGCGAGCGCAGAGAAGCAGCCAGAUCCAAAGCCAGAGGAGGCCCAGGCGCCAGCAAAGGAGGAUCCCUCCCUCAUUAACGUGGGGAAGCUGAACGGGGGGAAUCGCAUCGACUACGUGCUGCAGGAAAAGCCCAUUGAGAGCUUUAAUGAGUAUUUAUUUGCACUGCAAGGGCAUCUCUGCUACUGGGAGUCAGAGGACACCGUUCUGCUGGUUCUGAAGGAGAUCUACCAGACAAUAGGUGUUACACUGGACCAGCCUUUGCCAGGAAGCCAAUGACCACCCUGUGCUGUUCAGCCACUUCUUGUAAGUCACCUUAUGCCUACACUUCCAACCUUCCUCGGAGACCCCAGACGACAUAAAGGCCAUUUGAGGGAAUAAUGUUCCUUAUUUACAGAGCUGGUUGGGCUUUCCUUUGGCCUUUCAGCACACAGGGCUUCCUUCCUCUUUUAUCGUGCACAAAAGCACGUCAAGACGCAAGAUUUACUCCAGUGUUCUCCCUUUGCUUUCUUAGAUACAAUUCAAUUGAGUACUCACCAGGAAAGUUCAGAUUUCUUCUCUGCCUUCCUCUCUCCUCUGCUGCCGUGCCCCGCAUGCUGCUUCCCCAGUACUUGCUGCUGCCUGGAGAUAAAGAUGGUUUUCCUCCAUUUUGGGUAGGAAAAAAACCAAUCAACCAAAAUCCACUUCUGCAAACACACACACAGCACUUACACUGUGACUCCCUGUGGCAACACGUGCUGUCAGCCCUGAACUUGUCUGCCCAGCUUGUAGGUUAUCACAGGCUUUGCAGUACUGAUGCAGACAGCUGCUUGGGUGAGGAAAUGCGAUACAAGGGCCUGAACCCAGCUGUGGGCUUAGCAAGGAUACUCUUAGCUUGGGACCUUGAGAAAUAAAAGCCUUAAACACACAGCAUGGAGAGAGCAAUAGCAGCCUUGAGCAAAGGAGAUGCUGACUUCUCAUGGGAGAAGGAUGAGGCACUGCUCUCCUGCUGUAGCACCGGGCUGGAGUGCUGCAGCCUUUGGAAGGUGCAGAUAAGGACUGUUGCUCAUGGCCACGUGCACAGCACCCCAGGAAAGCUUUACCUCCAGAUCCAAACUGGAUUGGGGAAAGCAGCUGCUCCAGGCACUGGGCCCUGUAGGGACAGCCCUCCUCUGCUCUGCAGGAGCACACAGCAGUACUGAGUUGAAAGUGGCUACAGGGAUCUCAUGCCCGUCAGGCUCCAGCCAGUGGUUUUGUUGGCAAGUACAGCAAAUGCUGCCAGCGAAGGCAGAGCCCAGAUCUGUUGGGUCUGAGCACUGCCUCAGUGACUCCACCGAAGAGAUUCAAGCAGUCCAGCAAGCAGCACAGCCCACACCUUGCUGUUUUGUGUUAGCUCUCCUCCAAGGGCAACAGAGAGCCCCAGGUGAUCAGUUCCCUGUGACCCAAACCACUGCCAGGCUGCAGCUGGAGUCUCAGAGCGGGCAGGGGGCAAACGUUUCAGUGGCAUUAAGGUCACUGCAGCCUUUGGAAAGAGCCACCUCCCUCCUGCUGACUUCUGCCCUGCAUGGGGUAACAAGCCUUGUUUCCAUAGCAUCCAUUUGUUUGUCCUCUGUUGUAUUUCGUUAUUUGCACUAUUCAAAAGGUGUUGUUUGCAGCCUCCAACCUCCUCCCAGCCCAAAGGAACUGCAGCUGUUCAUUCACUUGACUGCAGAAGCAGACAUUCUGCUCCUCCAGAGUCUGAGUUACCGAUUGCUAAACGCCUCCUAUGGGAGUAAGAAAAGGAACAGUCUUAACAUGGGACACUCGUGACCAGCUUUUUAAGUUAUGCACUUUGUUAAAAAAAAAAAAAAAGAUUAAAUACGUUUUAAAUGUUAUUUAAUGUCUUUUCCAGUAAAAGCCAAAACAAAUAAACAGAUGACUGUGA